UCCAUUAUGUCCAAUUCAAAAUUAUUAAUAAUAUUUAUUUUCGCAAUUAUCCUACACGAAUCUUUCGAAAAGGCGUUGUGGUCCUAUGAAUAUAUAUCUGUCAACAUAAAGAAAUCUGGAACAGAGUACAUAGAUAGCGAUAUAAAAGUUAAACGCAUCUCCCGCGGAAGAUACGGACUAAAUGGAUUUAUUGAUAUUAAAAAAGAUACAACAGAUAAGUGGAUAGGAAAUAUUUCGAUACUACGAAGUGCUACUGGUAACAAUAACUACAAACCAACGCCGUUUGAGGUACCAACGGACACAGUUCAUAACAUUAUGAAUGGGGCAUACAAGCGAUUUUUUAUGAAUUCGGUAAGAAACUGCACGACAAAUGGAGUAUAUUUUAAAGGAAAUUUUGUGCCUCCUAUAACAAAACGUCGCAUAUUACUUAAUGAGUGUAACAUAAGAACAGAAGAUUGGCCUUACCUUUCCAGCGGGGUCUAUAAAGUUGUAGUGCGAAUUUUAGGACCACAAUAUAUAAGUUGGGAUUUUUCUUUUAAAGCCGUUAGUAAUAUUUUUCCCUCUUGAGACAAUUUUUG